AUGGAUCAUCGAUUGAUUGACUUCAUCACCUAUGCAUAUGACGAUGAGACGAAGACCAAGAUAUUACAAAACUAUGACCACAAGGAAACCUUGUUAGACGUCGACCUUUUUCAAGAACAUCUAAUGGUGCAACCAGUAUUAGCUGUGAUUAUCCUGUCGUUAACCCUCGUUUCUUUUAUGAUUUUGUUGUUUUCAAUUAUUUUUAUUGGAUGUAGAGCUCUAGGUAAAUGCGGAGCUAAACGUUAUCAGCCUCAUCCCACUAGCGGCAGACAUUAUUCUGCACAUCUUGUCGUAUUUCUAUGCAGCUGGUUCUUGAUGGCGACAGCAUCUUCAUAUUACGCGUACUGUGGAUUGCAUCUUUGGAACAUACGUCCUUCCGUAAUUCAAACGAGCACAUCUUCUGAACACCAGAAUGCUAUUCAAAAGCGCUCUCCUGUUGAGCAGAGUGUGUUUGAUCUUUUUGAUAAUCCCGAUUAUCAGGGAGAUUUCGAGCAGAUUGAAACAACUACAUCUUCAUUCGCAUUUGUAACAGAGAAAAUUGAGAAAGGUGUUCGUCCACGUUUCCCUCUACACAGACUCCCACGUGUUCAAGAUAGUUCCGAAGAUUCUCCGCCAGCCGUUGAACAGCUUCCAAUAUUCCCAAUAAACUUCACCUCGAGAGUUCCGUUAGCCUCAACUGUAAUUUCACCAAUUGAAAUACCCGCUCGUCCAAAAGCCGAACUUGACUUCAAGCGGUUACUAGAUGGUGAAAAGCUGGUUACAUCGAAUUAUGAGGAAGGGCGAGGAGAACACAUGAGUGGUGCUUUUGUGGGGGAUGGAAUUCCGCGUGCUCGGAACCUCAUAAGUUCAUCCAUGAAAAGACCCAUGUUCUCUUUAGGAACUCCUACAAUCAGACCAGAUGAAGUUUCCGCAGAAAUGAACCCCGAAGGAGUUAUCACUAGAACAUCUCUAGAAGAUGAUCCAACGCCAUUGUCCUCCGUCAAUACCAAACAAAGUUCAGCAGAGUCUUCAACAGUUAGUACGGAAGAAACCUUGUUCGAAACGGAGAAUAAUCGUUCGAGAGAAAUUCUACUAGAAACAGUUCAAACGCCGAACAGCCUUGCAGAAUUAAUAGAAACAACAACAGAUGUAACAUCAGAUGUGACAACUUCUGAAUUCUUAAUCCUUUCUAUGAACAACGAUGAGCCAGAAACAACAGAGAUCAGCCUAGAUUCAACAGUAACCACCACAGACUCGCAUGAAAACAGUGAAGAUAAUAAAAUAUCGGAAACAGCGGAAACAACAGUGCAGAGCUCUAUUUCAACAAAUAUUGUGACAUCAGCCGUGUCUGAAGAGAAUCGGAAUUUCACUACUUCGAACGUUCAAGAGAUAGUAACAGUUUCAAACGACAUCUCUGAUAACGUUCUCAACGAUGAGACUACGCCUGUUUCAUUACCAGAAAGCAGAGUAUCGGAGGAAGUUACGACGCUUGCAUCAUUUAGGUCAGACGAGGUUUUGUCGACGUCAAGGCCAGUAGAAGACUCUUCGAUUGUGACUGACUUAAAAUCCGAAACUUCGACCUCGUCAGUGGAUUUAUCAACUGGUGCUAUAGACAAGAAUCUGCUAAGUGUACUAACCGAGGAAACAACCAAUACCGAAGACGUAACUUCUAGAGCAACUGACCCAUCCGUAACUCUUGAUGAAUUAAAUUCAAAUCCCUUACCAACAACAACAACUACUACUGCAAAUGUGACAGACAGCGAAGUUACAAGCACUUCAAGAACCUCAGUUAUGACAGAAAGUACAGAGACACCAUCAACAACUGAUGAAACAACAACUGUUAAGAUUCAAGAGCUCUUUCUUGUAAAUUCAGAGAAUGAUCUUAGCGAGACUGUUUCUGCUGAUCCUGAACCCGAGGCACCUCAAGAGAUUGAAGAGAGGUUCGGGAACAAAACUGAAGAAAGAGAAGAAAGUGUAGAUGUCACAUCCACCCUUUCUCCAACAAUUACUGUUUUGAAUACAAAGUCUCAACCACGACGACCAACUACUGUUCAUACGUUUCCACACACUCCACUGGAUGAAAGUGAAAGAAGAAGCAUCACAGAAUUGCUCGCAUCGCCAAAUCUCCAUCCUUUUCGUUUUUUGAAUACAACGGCUGUUGUUUGGAUUCAUCGUAUAACUUUCACCAUUUUGUCGAUUUUAGUCCUUUUCAUCUUACCAUGCAGCUUGAUCUUGAUUCUGAUAGGCACGAUAUGUUACAUCAGAAGUUAUCAUCCUAUGGAUAGAACGAGAUUAUCUGAGAAAAUAGGACAGUUUACUGUACUUCUGGCUGUUCUCUUCCUCUUUUCCCUUCCAAUCUUCAUUCUCUAUAUAGCUAUGGUGCUAUCAUAUAAUCAUGUGUACAACUCCAUAUGCCCUGAUAUUCAACUACAGUACCAGCAUCAUCUUGGAUUACUGAUAGGGACAUCGUUUAAUACCCUAUCAAGCAACUCUCAUCGAUUGCUUGCUAAUACUGAGAACUGUUUCCGAUCGCAAGAGCCAAUCUUGGGUUUGUGGAUGUCAGCUGCUGUUUUUGUGCUUUCAGCCCUUCCAUUCGUGUUUUCUCUUUUCAAAUUAAGUAAAUACUACUUGCGUAUGAAAACUGAAUAUUAUUGGACAAUUGCUGAUUAUGGAACCAUAUAUGCUAAGAGAGCAUUGCAUACGGAUGCCAUUUAUGGAAAUAUUUACGGAACGUUGAGAUCAAAACGACCAACAUCGCGUCCUCCACCUGCUCCAAAUAACGAAAAUGCCAUUUAUGGUGAAUCACCUGUUUAUGGUACAUAUUCUGCUUUCGGUCAUAUAUGA